AUGCAGCAUUAUAGGAGUGAAGUUCAAGGCCUGAAUAAGAGAUUGGAAAGCCAUGAUGGGCGUCUGCAGCAACUUCAAGACACCCAUCAAUUGCAGUCAACCUCCCAGUCGGAGCAAAUAAACAAACUCAAAACGCAGCUGAGUGAGACUGAAGCACUUUUUCAGGCUUCUCAGAGUUCGAACACUCAGGCGGAGGAAACGGCAGCCACUCAUAGGUCCGAGGUUGACCGCCUUGUGCAAGAGUGUGAGCGGUUCAAGACUCUGGCCAAGGAGGAGGAAGAGAAGCGAGUGAAGGCAAUAAGCCUUCUGAAAACUCUGAGACAGAAACUUGUCAAGGCGGAGAAGGAGAAGGAAGACGCUUUGAAAGAAGCAGCCUUUUCCAAAGAGAAAGAGAAGGGCGAAAAGGACAAGGAACAUAUUGAGAGCGCUCGGUUGCAUCAAGAGAUCGAGGCUCUGAACAAGGAAAGGGAGAAAGUCAUAUCAAAUUUGAAAGGUCAGUAUGAAAGGGACACUUCCAGCCUGAAAGAUCGUUUCGAGAAAGAACUCUCUGCCGUGCGGGGUCAAUUAGAGCUAGAAAUAGCUACAUCCAAGAGUAUGCACCUCAAAGAAUUGUCGUCGAAGAACUCGCAAAUAUCAACCCUGGAGAAUUCGCUUAACAAUACAACGAGGGACAAGAAUGCCUUCUUUGAUCAACUUCAACUACGACAAGCUGAACUAGAGUCAGCGCACACGCAUCUCGAGUCCCUCCAACACCAAAACACCGAGUUCCAGUUUCAGCUACGGGAGUCAAAUGAUCGCCUCGCACUGCUAAGAGAGGAAUAUGCAGAAUUACAGCGCGAGCAAGAGGCAACGGCGAGACAGCGUGAUCCCGUCACACCCGCUGGCGAUGUUGCGCACCUGAUAUCUGCAGUUGAGGCCAAGUGCGAAGUAAAGAUCUCGGAGCUAAAGCGAAAUCUUAUUACACUUGAAAAGGAACGGAAUGAAGCCGAGGGAGAUUGGAGUCGAAAGCUCAGAGAAAAAGGCAAGGAACUGGAUGAACUUAAACGCGUCCUGGGCUCUGCAGCCAAAACGCGAGAGACCGACGAAGGCGUGGCCUCCGAACUCCGUGCAGAGGUGUCGCACGCGAAGGAGGUAGCCAAAGUCUUGCGGCAACAAGUGUCGGAGCUGCCCCUUCUUCAAGAUCAAUUGAGCGAGCUCAAGAAAUCGGCGAAGGAGCGUGAGACGGAGUUUGCCCUCAAGAUCAGCCAUUUGGAGCGCCAGGUCGAGGAGGGGCAGAACCGCGAUGCUCAACUUCGGCAGAAUAACAAGACCCUACGUGAGGAGCUGCGCAAGGUUCAGUCAUCUGCAGCGCUACUCGAACGACAACGAAACCCCGGAGUGGGAUACUGGACUACACGUGGUAACCCAGAAAACAGUCCUGCCGAGUCACGAAAUUCUUUCUCCCCCAUUCCGACAGAGUCUCCUUCACGUACCGCGUCACCUGCACCGAGCUCGACUAAGAACGAGGAAGAAGUCAAUCUUGAAUAUUUACGGAAUGUCAUUCUCCAGUUCCUAGAGCACAAGGAAAUGAGGCCAAACCUUGUAAAAGUAUUGUCCAUCAUCUUGCAUUUUACCCCACAAGAGACCCGGAGGCUUAUAGCCAAGGUGUAA